AUGCCAAAGAAAGUUACUAAAAAGGGUCGAGACGAGAUCAAGAACCAAACUUUAACGCAAAAAUCAAUUUCGUCAAUCAUCUCGUUACAUUUAUCACAAUUUCAACGCACCUACGAUAUUAUUCCCACCAAUCUUUCUCUCGAAAAACUUUUGACUCCUUCUCACACCAAACCUUCACGCAGAAAUAAAUUUUCAUUACGCUCUCCAAACGGGUUCAUCCUCUACCGAAAAGAUAUUCAACAAGCAAUUAUUGAAAAUGAUUCAAAUGCGACAUUUGAAAAAAUUUCCAAUAUUGCAUCAGAAAGAUGGAAAAGCGAGUCGGAGGAGAAAAAGAAUUUUUUUAACUUGUUGUCCAAAGUCGCAUAUCUUAUUUAUUUGGAUAUAUGUGAGUAUUACGUGAGACAAGAUAAAGAACGAAAAAAAGAAAAUAUAAAAAUUGAUCGUUGCGAAAUGAAUAGACCAUGGAUGCAAUCUUCAAUUUUCCCAACCAUGUCAAUUUUGCCAAAUUCUCUCCAUUAUGAAGAAGCAACCGAUAAUGUACUCAUUGAAUCUAAUCCAACUUUAGAUCAUUCAUUUUAUGAUAAAGAUAUUAUUCAAGAAGUUUCUACAAUUUCAUCUGAAAAUAUUGAUCAGCCCAUUUCUCAUUCAACCGAUUCUUUAAAUUUUAAUCCUUCAUUCUUCUCAAACGUAAAUGAAAAUUCCGCGAGUUAUCAUAGUAAUAAUCAUCAAGUUUUGGAAAUCCCAUCUAUAUCUGACUUUCCCUGUCAAAUGCCUUCAUAUUGCGCUAAUGAAUAUAUUAUGAAUCUCAAUUAUGAAAAUAAUGCGUACAUUUUUAAUCAGGAUUCUUCUUUAGUUUUUCAAGAGAACAUUGAUAAUAGUAUAUUAUAUGAUGUUAGUAGCGUUAUUGAUAGUGCGAUUGAUGAAACCUCUCUGAAUUAA